UCUGCAAGAAACAGACAAACUGACAAACAUACCCUAAUAGUUGAAAGGACAAGAUACCAAACCAAAACCCCUCCCUUUACUAAACUCCCCCCCCAAUCCGUUUCCCCAUUGUUCCAUUCCAAGCACACCCACAAAACUCAGAGACCCAGAAGAAGCCAUGGCCCAGAAGAAGAAGGACAUGAUUCGUAUAGAGCGCGAGUCUGUAAUUCCUAUUAUCAAACCCAAGCUCAUCAUGACCUUGGCCAACCUCAUUGAGCAUAGUUCCGACCGGGCGGAGUUUCUGAAGCUCUGCAAGAGAAUUGAGUACACAAUUCGGGCUUGGUAUCUUUUACAAUUCGAGGAUUUGAUGCAACUGUAUUCGCUGUUUGACCCUGUAAAUGGGAGUCAGAAGUUGCAGCAACAGAAUCUUUCUCCGAAAGAAAUCGAUGUGCUGGAGCAGAAUUUCCUCACCUACUUAAUGCAGGUGAUGGAAAAGAGUAAUUUCAAGAUUACAAGUGAUGAAGAAAUUGAGGUUGCGCACUCGGCGCAGUAUCUUCUAAAUCUUCCCAUUAUGGUUGAUGAAUCUAAGCUCGACAAGAAGCUUCUGAAGACCUUCUUUGAAGAGAAUCCUCGGUCAGACCUUCCAGAUUUUGCUGAUAAGUACAUUGUCUUCCGGCGUGGUGUUGGACUUGAUCAGACAACUGAUUUCUUUUUCAUGGAGAAAGUGGACAUGAUCAUUGGACGUUUUUGGGCAUAUCUUUUAAGAGUAACUAGGGUUGGAAAACUUUUUACGAGAAGGUCAAGUAGUCGGCGUACAAAAGAACCAAAGAAGGAUGAUGAAAUUACCUCAGAAGCCAAUGCGGAGGAGGAAGAGGAUUUAUAUGUUGAACGAAUUCGUCUUGAAACUAUGGAACUAAGCGUCAAAAGCUUACUGAGCAAGACGACAAUCAAAGAGCCAACCUUUGAUAGGAUAAUUGUUGUUUACAGGCGAGCAAGUCCCAAAGCGACAGAAGAACGAGGAAUAUUUGUGAAACAUUUCAAAAAUAUCCCAAUGGCUGACAUGGAGAUAGUUCUUCCCGAGAAGAAGAACCCAGGACUAACUCCAAUGGACUGGGUCAAGUUCCUUGGCUCUGCUGUAGUUGGUCUGGUAGCUGUCGUUAGUUCUCUUGAAAUGCCUAAUGCUGACUUUUGGGUCAUCAUUGCAAUUCUUUCCACUGUGAUUGGUUACUGUGCUAAGAUAUACUUCAGUUUUCAGCAGAACUUGGCUGCAUAUCAGAACCUGAUAACACAGUCCAUGUAUGACAAGCAACUGGAUAGCGGAAGGGGUACUCUUCUUCACUUGUGCGAUGAUGUGAUUCAACAGGAGGUCAAGGAGGUGAUACUUUCUUUCUAUAUAUUAAUGGAACAGGGAAAAGCUACAAUAGAAGAUCUGGAUAGGUGGUGUGAGGAACUCAUUAAAGAAGAGUUCGGUGCCAACUGUAAUUUUGAUGUGGAUGAUGCAGUUGAGAAGUUGGAGAAAUUGGGAAUUGUCUCUCGGGAUUCUGUUGGACGGUAUUUCUGCGUUGGGCUGAAACGUGCAAAUGAGAUAAUUGGGACUACCACUGAGGAGGUUGUUCUGAGAGCAAAACAAGGAAAACAAGGGGGCAGUUCUUAAUUUUGCUUUGUGAAGUCGGACGGCUUCACUCCUCUUUGAUUGCUUGGGGGAGGUGCAAAACCAUUAUCAGUCCUCUUUGAUGGAAGAAUACACUAUCCUCAAAUAUUAUGUUGCAUGUUAAUAUCUCUAAAUCAUUAAGCGGGGCUUCUCUUCCAUAGUUUAUGUAUUUAGAUGGGUGCAUGUAUCUGAGCUAGCUAGGUUCUACAUUCUAAUGAAGACUUGAAGCUACUGUCUUCUGCUAUUGAUUGUAAAUGGUACUUUUCAUUUCCCUGUAGUGAUUGAAAAUUGAUAGUGGCUGUGUAAUGUAAUGAAGUAUGUGGUUUGAUUG